AGAGACGGGCUGUUGGAUUCAAACCGGGAUCGUUGGGCUUGCGGUCGGUUGGUCGCAGUCGGGUCGUUGCUUCGCCCUGAGGAGGACGCGCGCCCCCUUCGCUCCUACUCCGCCUUCGCGCCGCCGCAGGGAUGGCCCACAAGCAGAUUUACUACUCGGACAAGUACUUCGACGAGCACUACGAGUACCGGCAUGUCAUGUUGCCCAGAGAACUCUCCAAACAAGUGCCUAAAACUCAUUUGAUGUCUGAAGAGGAAUGGAGAAGACUUGGUGUCCAGCAGAGUCUAGGCUGGGUUCAUUACAUGAUUCACGAGCCAGAGCCACAUAUUCUUCUCUUUAGACGACCCCUUCCAAAAGAUCAACAGAAAUGAAGUAUAUCUGGAGACGUCAAUUAAAUCUUUUUUCAAGUUUAAUGUAUAUGUGUAUAUAAGGUAGUAUUCAGUGAAUACUUGAAAAAUGUACAAAUUGUUCAUCAUACCUGUGCAUGAGCUGUAUUCUUCACAGCAACAGAGCUCAGUUAAAUGCAACUGCAAUAGGUUAAGAUAAGAUGUUUAAAAACAAUUUCUUCUAGUUAGUUUUUCUCUUAAUAUAAGUGCCUGUUUGACUUUACUUGUUACUUUUGUUAAAUAAAGUUUGUAUGUUGCAUUU